AUGUCACCUAUCGCACUACCUACUCUACUGAGUCAAAUACUGUCUUCCCAGAACCUGUCCGUCGAUGCGCGUGCCAAAACUCAAUUCCUAAGAGCCAACUGCUGGAAACAUUCAGCUGUGAGAGCUAUCCGUCCGGCAUGUGCCAAAUAUCGAUUGACUGUCAUCCAAGGUUCCGUCUUAUACCGUAAUGCAUCUCUUGAAACUAUCCGCGCAUUUUGGGGCCUACGUGGAGAUUCAAGUGCGUAUCAAAUGAACACCGUGGCAGAUGUGUAG